ACUCCAAUAACUAUUUAGCCGGAUAAAUUCACGUGUCUGCCUCGCUGAGAACGAAAUAAACAUAAACAUGUUAAGAAAACAGGCCAGACAGCGGAGGGAAUAUUUAUAUACCAAGUCACUAAAUGAACGCAUUGUGGCAAAAAAGAAAAACAUGCUGCAGAUAGCUGAAAACAUUAAAGAUAAAACAUCGCUAAGGUCUUUAAACAAGCUGCAAGCCGACCGCGUGCAUAAUUCUCUUAAAUUCAAUGGAGACAUCGAUAGUGCAAACUUGACCGAGAUUGACGAGUACCAAUAUGCUGGCUGCCAGGAUCCAAAAAUCAUGUUAACAACUUCGCAUGAGCCGUCGUCACGGCUUAAGAUGUUUGUCAAAGAACUGAGACUGAUAUUUCCCAAUGCCCAACAAAUGAAUAGAGGCAAAUAUCAGAUAAACGCACUAAUGCAGGCCUGUCGCGCGAAUAAUUUCACCGACUUCAUAAUAGUACACGAACAUCGUGGCAUACCCGACAGUCUUGUGGUAUGUCAUUUGCCGUUUGGACCCACAGCUUUUUUCAAUAUAUCAGACGUUACCAUGCGUCAUGAUAUUCCCGAUAUUGGGCCCAUGAGUGAGCAGAAACCGCACUUAAUUUUCAGUAACUUUAAGAGCAACAUUGCCUUAAGAACUGUGAAAAUCUUGAAACAUCUGUUUCCUGUACCAAAAGAAAGCUCGGAGAGAAUAAUGUCUUUUAUUAACAAUGAGGACAAAAUUGUAUUUAGACAUCAUCAGUACAAAUAUGUAAACAAAGAAAUAAAAUUAACUGAAGCUGGACCAAGAUUUACACUUAAGCUGUAUCAAAUAAAACUUGGCACUUUAGAAAAUAUCAAGGCUGUUGAUACUGAAUGGGUUAAUCGUCCCUACUUAAAUACAACAAUAAAAAAUCUUGUUUUUUCAAAUACAGAUAUAUUUUCGAAUAAAAGCAAUGUUUGAAAACGGA